CUGUCAGUCAUGAGGUCACUUCCUGCGGGUGUGAGCACCAUGGCUCUGCUUUGUAUGGACGUGGUGGGGGAUUUUUGACAGCGGCAGCGCCGUGGGGAAACAAACAAGGACGUGGUCGGCGUCGGGGUCGAAUUUUCCGCUGCAGCCUCUCUCCCUCGCUCGCUCUUGCAACGACCGCUUCUCGGCACACCGCGAGACUCUCCGAGGAUAUGGCGUCUCCGGAUUGCGCUGUUUUGCUGAAAGUCUGAUGAGUGAGAGUGCCGCAAGCCCGCGUCUCCACCACAAUGGUCGAUAUGGAGAGCCACUACCAUCCCCCAUCUCCCCUGGAGGACUCGGUGCUGGACAGCCCCCUGUGUGCUGAUGAUGAUUUCAUGGGCGGCAUGGAGGAGCUGCAGGACAUCUCCCAGUCUAUCGACGAUGAUGCCCUCAGCUCCUUUGAGGUCCCUGAAUACCAGCCCUCCAGCAAUGGUUCAGAAGGUUCUACUGUUCUAGAUGCCCUGACGCCAGCGUCCAGCCCUUCGUCGGUUGUCUACGGGUUGGCAGCGAGCCAGGAGGAGUUCUCGUCUUCCUCUUCUUCACUCAGUUUGGAGUGUCGCGUGUGCGCUGACCGAGCCUCGGGCUACCACUACGGAGUCCACGCCUGCGAGGGCUGCAAGGGUUUUUUUCGGCGGACCAUCCGUCUCAAGCUGGAGUACGACAAGUGUGAGCGCCGCUGCAAAAUCCAAAAAAAGAACCGCAACAAGUGCCAAUACUGCCGUUUCCAGAAGUGCCUGUCAGUGGGCAUGUCCCACAACGCUAUCCGGUUUGGUAGGAUGCCCCAGUCGGAGAAGCUAAAGCUAAAGGCGGAGAUGGUGACGGGGGACAGGGAGGUGGAGGACCCCCAGCUGGCCGACCAAAAGACACUGGCCAGGCAGAUUUAUGAGGCCUACCUCAAGAACUUCAACAUGAACAAGGCCAAGGCUCGAACCAUCCUCACGGGAAAGACCAGCACCCCUCCUUUUGUCAUCCAUGACAUGGAGACCCUCCAACUGGCAGAGCAGACGCUGGUGGCCAAGAUGGUUGGCUCCGCGGGGACGCUGAAGGACAGGGAGGCAGAAGUCCGGAUUUUCCAUUGCUGCCAGUGCACAUCAGUGGAAACCGUCACAGAGCUCACAGAGUUUGCAAAAUCCGUCCCUGGGUUCUCGAAUCUGGACCUCAACGAUCAGGUGACUCUUUUGAAAUACGGGGUGUACGAAGCCCUCUUCGCCAUGCUCGCCUCCAGCAUGAACAAGGAUGGGCUCCUUGUCGCGUAUGGCUCUGGCUUCAUCACCAGGGAAUUCCUCAAGAGCCUGCGGCGGCCGUUCAGUGACAUGAUGGAGCCAAAGUUCCAAUUUGCUAUGAAGUUUAAUGCACUGGAGCUGGACGACAGCGACCUGGCUCUGUUCGUGGCUGCAAUUAUCUGCUGUGGAGACCGACCAGGCCUGGUGAACGUGACACACAUCGAGGUAAUGCAGGAGAGCAUCGUGCAGGUCCUACAGCUCCAUCUGCUGGCCAAUCACCCCGAUGACACUUUCCUCUUCCCCAAGCUGCUGCAGAAACUGGCUGACCUCCGGCAGCUGGUCACUGAGCAUGCACAGCUGGUGCAGGAGAUCAAAAAGACAGAGGACACCUCACUGCAUCCACUCCUCCAAGAGAUCUACAGAGACAUGUACUGAGGAUUUUGGAGGAACAGACAGCAGAGGAAUGCUACAAGCCCUCUCCUUUAUGUCAGGAACUUGAGAAGAAGAAGGGUCCUCCAUAAGCUAGGAUUGAACCACUUAACCCUCCACCCCAAAUGCAGCGGGAGUUAGCUUUGGACUCUGGUCAGCUCAAAAGGACCUGUUGAGGCAAAGAGGCUGAUGGUUCUUGUGGUUUGACACAGUGCUCACCACUCCAUUGUGUGGACCUUCCGUGGCAGAAAAAUCAUGUACUGUAUGCUAAGAUGUGAUGUAUAGCUGAUUGAGCCCCUAUCUGGACACCGGUGUAUGCAAUCUUUGACCAAACUCCAAAUGCUAAUUUGUGGUCCUUAGUUAUCUGGACCCCCCUACCCCCCCGUCAUCCCCAUGAACCCUAAAAUGAGGAAAGAAAGUGAACUUGAUAAUUGCCACUCCAGCAGUAUGUUUGAAUAGACAAUUUUUAUACUGAUGUCAAACAGCAAAGAGCCAUAUACUGUACCUUUAAAGUUAACAACACAUAAAUGACUUCAGUGGCAGCAACAACUGUGCUUUCAGAUACAGUUUUAAAACAAGGCAGCUUCUGCAAAAUUGGCUAUCAAUAAAAGGUUGCAGUGAUUAUCCAUGCACUAGCCCUUCAGUACAUUUAUUUACCCUUUUAUGACCACACACGUCUGUGGUAUGACAUAAUAAAUAAUUUGUACUGUGUAUCCUAUAAGCCAUAUUUUGUAAUGAUAUCGGUCAUGCUCACCAUCUUACAUAUUCUUCCUAACAAGACAACUCACGUCCACUUAUUGAACUGGUGACUUUAGCAUAAGGUUGCUCCACGUCUCAAACAAAGGCAUCCAUGUGUGAUAUGAAUAUGACUGUUAUAUAGGACCUGUGUUAAAUUCAUUUUUCACAAAGCACAUGCAUACUGUAGGUGUUGGCCCCUCCAUCAUGUUUUGUGUCCUGGUAUUUAUGGGCCUAACAUCAACAUUGCAACCUUAAAGGACCAGUGUGUAGGAUUUAGUGGCAUCUAGUGGUGAGGCUGCAUAUUGCAACAAACUGAAUACUCCUUUCAAUCGUCUCUUUUCAAACAUGUGGAAGAACUUAUACUACCUGCAAUAUAAAAGUGUGAAAGGCAAGCUAUGGAAAUGUUACAGUUUGUCUGUCCAGGGCUACAUUAUAAAAUACUAGAUAACAUAAUUAUAAAGUAUAUGUUGCAUCUUUGCUAAUACAAUAUGUCCCUGUAAAUCCUACACACUGACCCAAUAACACACAAAGACAUAAAUAUAGACAUUAAUGCACUCAGUAAAUGUCUUUCUGUCAAUUUGUCAUGUCCCCAUCUAUGAUUACAUUUCAGUGAGUGUGUUAAUGCCUCAUAACACAUGCAGUUUAUUACUAAUACUUAUCUGCACAAUUUUGCAUACUACAUUUAUAUGACCCGAUAGAUUAAACAAAUGCAUCCCAAUUGUCACUUUUUGGGUGUUUUAUGAGAUGUUUUUCUCCUAUUUGUUUCUAUAAAACCAUCUAGAAAAAUAUCAAAAUCCAUUUUCUUUCUUUAGUCUAUGCAGUGAUUGAUGAUGGUCAGAUAUAAUUCCACCUGAUAUCCUUUAGAUAUUUUUUUAUAUUAUAAAGAUAACUGGGAAAGGGCCACUCAUCCUGUUGUCAUACUGCCAUUUGUACAAAAAGAACGUUCUCCUCAGACCUCCUGCAGUAAGAUAUUGAUAAUAUAUAUAUGUAUCUGUGAGGGAAUGUGUUUCCCCAUUUGCUUAUCCAACCAAAAUGUCCCAAAAUCGUCACUGAGAUUAAGUCCUGAGAAAUGGACCUUGUGUUUAUAGUAAAAUCAUGUUGUAUGAACAGAGUGUACUGUACAUAGAUGAAACGAUUACACUGACUGCUUGUCCCAGCUCCUGAGUUAUACAAGGUACUAAUGCCGACUUUUGUAUUCCUCAGUUUGAUAAAUACUUUCAUACGUUCUAGAUUUUACAGUAAGUGUAGCUCUGUACUGUAUGGUCAUUUUGCUUAAAUGCCACAUGCUUGUGUUCUAAUUGAAUUGGAUCAUAUUUUUUUAUACUAGAGAGUAUACAGUAUAUGUACGACUAAAUCUGAUCAUUGUUUGUUUGAAGUAGCACAAUGAAGAGUGCAAUGUAAAUAGACUUAAGGUGUUAACGGUGAUCCGAAUAUCCACAGAUCGGUACCCCGCUGGGGACAUUCCUUUGGUUAAUGGCUAUUGUAGGAUAGAAAACCAUCAAGGCUGCAAUAUAUGUUCAGUUAAUUUAAACUGUACUUCAUUCAUCUGUUCAAUUAAGCUCUUGCGAUUUAAACUGGGCUGUGCAGAGCUCACACAACUUUAGUUUGCUGAUUCAAACCUAACCUCCAUUUACUCUGAAUACAAUGGAAAGUAUAUUUCUCGCAGGAAAGGCGAAGCUACGGCAUAGCACUGAUCACACACAGAUGCUCUCCUCUUUUUGUACUGUUUACUCAGGUUGCACAUUUGAAAAAUAAUGGGGUAAUAUAUGCACAGAAUUUCAUUAUUAUUAUUAUUAUUAUUAUUACAAUGAAAAAUGCUCCAUAGUUGCCUCCUCAUUAAACAAAUCCUUUUACUAUAUCUUUUGACACAUCAAUGCACUCACAAUUUGCCAUUUCAUCACAUGCUAUUACAGUGAUGCAGCAGUGAAAAUGCAGUAUGUAUUGUUUUAUAAUCCUGAUUUUUGUCACGAUUUUGUUAAACUUCUAUCUCCUCACUUGCUGCUAUAUUGUACUAACUCACCAAACAUUUCUUAUGCCAUGAGUAGAUUACUGACCUUCAAGCUGCCUCUACUUUCUUACUUAUUAGCUUGUCACAGAAUGUCAGACCCACAUGCAGAAUUCAUUCGACGCAGCUCAGAUUUUCACUUCACAGAUUCCCGGGACUUGGACGUCCCAGGUCUGCCUGGGGAUCGACCACAACGUGUGCCUUAGUGUGUGCAAAUGCCAUAAAACACCUGAUUUAAAAAUAUGACUUGACUUAUGCACACACUGAAUUGUGAACUGGUGUCUUCAGCUAGAUUUAGCUGUUCUUGACGCAACAGGGUCCCACAGACAGGAAAUAUCUUACAGAGUGCUGAAGUUCCAAAGUGUUAUUGGAGCUUCAGUUCAUAUUUCAAGCCGUAACAAUGAAGGAUUUGCUUUUCAAAAACAGAGACAGACUUUUAAAAGCUAAUCAGAAACUGGAUGGAACUUUAGAGCAAAGAAGUUAUGUAAAUGUGUGGUGUCAGCUUACCCCUAGAAAUGUCUGUUAUUUGUUGAAUUGACAAGGGACUUUUGAACUUGUAUCAGGGAAUCUUAGUCUUCCUUUGUUGAACUAGCUCAGGAUAUAGAAAGGUACUGUUUUUCCUUCUCUGUCUCUCUACUCAGUCUGGAGUGAGUUUAUAGUGCUCUGCCAUACGGCACACCAACCCCAUCAAAUAUACAGAAUAAUGUUACCUUUAUUUUUAUCUUCCAGAAGUGACAGAAAAAAAAAAUGUUACCGAGGGGCAGCAGUUAUAGAAAUUAGACAGAAAUUAGAGAUUUGAAUUUCUUCCCUCCCGAAUUUGAUGGAGUUUGUUUUUGUGGCUAAUAAUGUAAUGCGGAGAGUCAACAGAGACUGUCUCUUGGAUGUGCUGUUAAUGUGUACUGUGGCUUGAUAAUAAUACUGUAAAUGUUUGAUGAAUGUAUAUUUAGUCAUUUAAACAAUGAAACAAAUUGACAUUGAAUGGAUUUCAAAAAUAAAAUUAUUUCAAAAUCCA